CACGGCGACAAUGGUUGUGAGCAUUGAUUUUUCCACCCUACUUAUCAGCACAUGCUUCCGCCGUAUGCAUACAUACGUACCAGUCCACUUGGCUGCUCUCUUUUUUUCCGUCUAGUUUUGAAGGUUCUGCCGGGCGGUGUAUAGCGCCAAGACCUUAGCGAGCCACGCCUUUCGCCCACACGCUCGCUCGAAUUCGAAAACUUCGUCCCUAUACUAACCCACAGCUCGACAACACCUCACCACAUUCAAAAUGGGUAUCGAUCUUGACCGCCAUCAUGUUCGAGACGGGCACCGCAAGGUCGCCAAGUCUACCAACCCCUACGUGAAGCUGUUGGUCCGUCUCUACAAGUUCCUGUCUCGCCGAACUGAUGCACCCUUCAACAAGGUCGUGCUCCGCCGCCUCUUGAUGUCCAAGAUCAACCGCCCACCGGUCAGCUUGUCCAAGAUCGUAGCCACGGCUGCGAACAAGCACUCCGCCAAGGAGAACGAGGGCAAGACUGUUGUCAUUGUCGGCACCGUCACCGACGACAACCGUCUCCCUGAGAUCCCCAAGCUCUCCGUGGCCGCCCUUCGCUUCACCGCGUCUGCCCGUGCCCGCAUCGAGAAGGCCGGAGGUGAGACCCUCACCAUCGACGAGGUCGCAACCAGGUUCCCCACUGGCUCCAACACCAUUCUCCUCCGUGGUGCCAAGAACUCCCGUGAGGCCGUCAAGCACUUUGGCUUCGGUCCCCACUCCAACAAGAAACCCUACGUCGCCAGCAAGGGCCGCAAGUUCGAGCGUGCUCGUGGUCGCAGAAGGUCGCGUGGUUUCAAGGUGUAA